AUGAGUUCCAAAGACAAGCUGAACGUGUUCCCGUCGCGGAUGAAUCUGACCAACAUGAAACUUCGGCUGAAGGGCGCCCAGAAGGGGCACUCGCUGCUGAAGAAGAAGGCUGAUGCGCUGCAAAUUCGCUUUCGCUCCAUCCUCAAGAAGAUCAUCGAGACAAAGAGCAUGAUGGGCGACCUGAUGAAGGUGGCCUCCUUCAGUCUGGCCGAGGCCAAGUUCACCGUGGGCAGUGACUUCAAUCACAUCGUCCUGCAGAAUGUGACCAACGCGCAGAUCAAAGUUCGCUCGAAGAAGGACAACGUUGCAGGCGUCACACUGCCCGUCUUUGAAANCGUCUUUGAAACUUUUCAGAACAGCAGCGACUCCAAUGAGUUUGCCGGUCUCGCCCGAGGUGGCCAACAGCUGGCGAAGAUCAAGCGAAACUACGCCGAAGCAAUUCAACUGCUGGUGGAUCUGGCCUCGCUUCAAACUAGCUUCAUCACCUUGGACGAGGUCAUUAAAGUGACGAAUCGUCGUGUGAAUGCCCUCGAGUACGUGGUCAUUCCUCGCAUUGAACGCACCAUUGCGUACAUUUCCUCGGAGCUAGAUGAACUUGAGCGCGAGGAGUUUUUCCGCCUGAAGAAGGUUCAAGAGAAGAAGAAGAAGGUCCGGGCAGCGAACGACGCCAGGAUGAAGGAGCUCAAAGAGAAGGGCAACUUUGUCGAGCCAGCCAACAUUUUGACCAACGACCACGACGAUGAUCUUCUCUUCUGA